CGCCAAUUGAGUCACAAUGUCUACAGUCACUAUCGCUUCUGCCUUUUGCUCCCAAGACUCGACAUGUCGUUUUUGGACACCGUUCGAAACAGAGAGCGGUGAUCUCACAAGAGGUCGUAUGGGUCAUACACGGAUGAGUCGAUGACUGGUUCAUUCGAAGAUGCUAUAUGUAUAUGCAUUCAUGCUCGUGGAUUUCCUAUCUCGCCCCAAUUGAUCAUCAACAGAGCCUCAGUGGUACAACCCUGAAUGUGGUAUUCGUGGAAAGCCUAUCUCGUUGAGGCCUCGUAUACAAGGAACAAGGUUGACUGCCUGCUCACAACGGGCCUGUAGCCUAUCAUGGCUGGAUCUGCACAGUCUCAUGAUCUACUGAUCAUCACUGACGCAACAUACUCCAUGAGCAACUACCUCGAAGCACUCCAAGAUGCCCUCCCAAAGAUCAUCUCGGUGUCGUCCCUGACCAACUGCUUCGCGCGGAUUGGGUUACUGGCCUAUCGGGACUAUUGCGAUACAAAACUAAUCGAAUGGUCUGGAUGGCUGGAUCAAACCGGCGGACCAUCAGAAAUCGAACCUUCUAAACUCCUGAAUCUUGCAGAAAAUCUCGACGCGACGGGGGGAGGAGAUUUUCCGGAGGCUUUGAAGACUGCGCUGGCAAAGGCGUAUGAAGUCAUGCGGGAGGAUGCCUCGACCCUGAUUCUGCUCUACACAGAUGCUGCUCCACAUUCGUCCAUGAAUGGCGAGAAGGACCGUUCCAGUAAUUACUACCCUGAACAAAAGGCGCUUUCUAAGCCUGACUCUUAUGGGGGAUACGGCCCGUUAUUCCAGGAUUGGAUAUCUGCUUGUAACAUCCUAUAUGAGGGCAAAAAGAAGGCCACGGUCUUCUGCUUCAUCGAGAGAUGGGGAAUUGCCGAAUUGGCGGGGUACUACCAGUAUCUAUCACUCGUCACUCGUGGUAUGUGCGUAUACCUCAGUAAUCCGAAGCCAAUCGAUAUAUCACAGGCCACCGUAGAGACUUUGCUUGCUUGGAUGAGUGUGAGCAAGGCUGGCCCUAGUGAGGAGCGGAAAGUACAUGCUAGUCUAGCCAGGUUUGUUCGGGUGAAGGGGAUCAGGAAUCUGAAGAAUGAGAAGGAUGCUGUCAACGCUGGGCUAUUCGACAAGCAGACAUGCGCUGAAAAUACUGCCGAAGUCGAUUUUACCUCAGACGUGCUCAAGAAACAUCUGCCGAAGAAGGAUCAAGCUGUCCUAGACUUCGCAAAGAGAUAUACACAAGACAGUGUCUACAAGGACAUAGUGAUACGAGAGCUCACAGCAAUCAUUCAGAGGGAUGUUUCUGCCAUUUCGCUGAACCCUGUCUUCGGUAGCCUUUGGCGCGCAGUUUGCAAUGACAGGGGGAACGCGAGCAGAGACACUAUCAUCACAGCUUUCGGGGCAGCUGUUGAGCGACUGUCGGACGCAGAGGAGAAGGCCCGGAUGAAGCAGUGGCUCGAAGAGUCGUACGACUACACGGCAGAGGUACUCGAUGCCAUCGAACGUGUCCCGGAAGCCGAACGAUUUCCCUGUGUGCUGCUCGAUCCAACUCUUGCAUUCACCAGAGACAAUGACGACCAAGCCGACGACGCAGACAUCAAUCGUGCCAUCACUGGUUUCCGUCGUGAUGAGCUUCUUGAGAUCGGACGGUCCUGUGACUAUCGAAUUCUCAAGCGACUUGGGAAAGUCCUCACGCGUCUGACAUUUGUCGACUCCGCCAGCGAUCUUCCUGCUCAUCUUGCCGAUGCAAGUCAUGAGAAAGUAACAAAGCUUCCCAUGGCCCUCGCAGACAAGAGAUAUGAACGCAAGUUCUGGAAAGUCUUACUUCAUCUAGUCGUACCUGGAACGAUGCUUGCUGCGCGUCCCGCAGCCUUACUCGCAGCACUGUCGAUUAGGCUUGGUAUCAAACCCCUUACUAGGCCGGCCAUUGAAGAGAUGAUGCCAUGGAGAACACGUUGGAAUAAUCUUGAGAUUCCGGAAACGUGGAAUGUUGGUUGUUUGGGCCUACUCCUUGAUGCCGACAGCCACGAGUCGACCGAGGACAAGCAAAGGGUUGGCGCAAAUUCCGGACUCCUACUCAACGAGGAUCGUGCGCUCUUCGAUAAGCUUGUAUCGUAUAAGAUGCUGGAGCUGAAUCUCAAGACAGAUCUGCCAGCGAAAAUCACUUGGACACCAGACAAGACGAGCAUGCCAAUUGGGAAAGUAAUCGUCUGUCGGGGCUGCAAAUUCCCUCGAUCAGUCACAAUAAUGAGCACUGGCGGACGUUGUGGACUCUGCGCCGUUCCGCAGUCUGGUUGGACCUCUGCCCAAGUCAGGGGCGAAAUGAUCGCAAGCCGGGUAUCCAAGGAUGACAAUGAAAACACUUCCGCAAUCUGGGUCGAGUGCAACACUUCAACAUGCAGAGCACAAUAUGUCGUCUACAAUCCCAAACAACUCAACAUCCGUCCCCGCUGCCACUACUGCCGCGCUCAAGCCGAAGGCGAGACAGAUCCCGCCCCCUGGAUCGAAUGCCACAAGUGCUUAAGCCGCGUCAUCUGGCCCAAGGAAUACCGCACCAGCACCCUCAUCGACUACUUCACCUGCAUCGCCUGCACCGAAAACCGCGACACCAUCAUCGAGCGCACCACCACCGCCGAACAACUCACAGCCGAAAACGGCACCUCCUGGCUCAUCCGCAACGACACCACGCACCCACCCUUCCCCAACCGCACCCUCUUCCACACCAUCUCCACCACCGGCACACGCGACUUCGCCUCCAAAAUCACUCUCUUCCCCCUCCCAACCCCCCAGCUCGUCCUCGCCGGCAAACCCCUCUUCAACACCCCCGCCCUCCUCGCCUCCCUCCAAUCCUGGGUCCUCCGCCGCCGCUCCGAGUCCGCCUCCUGCAGUCUCUGCUUCACCACCCUGCGCAAGCCUCUCCUCCGCCCUGCCUGUGGCCGCUCGGGGUGUACACAGCGCGUCUGCACGCCCUGUCUGUCAGGCUGGUACGGCCUGAACGGCACCGGGCGGAUCAUCAACACCGCGGCCCUGCACUGCCCGUUCUGUCGUCGUGCGCCGGCGCCCAAGACGCUUGCGAAGUGCGGCAUGGGGAUCAGGGCGUUGGCGGGGCUGGGCAGCGCGGUGCGGGAUCGGGGCACGUGGAUAUAUGCUUGGUGCGGGUCGUGUGGUACGGCGAAGAAGCAUAUGGAAAGGGUGUGUGCUAACGGGGCGCCUGCUGAGAUUACGGAUUUCAAGUGUCAGCAGUGCGUGGAGAAGCGGCGGAAGGGGAUGCGGACGGUGACGGUCAAGAAGUGUCCUGGGUGUGGGACGGCUACGGCGAAGACGUAUGGGUGUGAUCAUAUGGCGUGUCCGGUGAGGAUGUGUGGAGCACAUUGGUGCUGGCAUUGUGGGGAGGCGCCGGAGGAUGGGAAUAUUUAUGGGCAUAUGAGCCAGUGUCAUGAUGGAUAUUAUGCGGGCGUCGAAUUGGAUACAAAGGGGUACACGGGAUCCUCACUUGAUCUCGGUCUUGCCAAGCAGGUCCGCCAGUUCGUCGACCUUGCUGUCUUUUUCCUGAGCCACGUUGAGCUCCUCCGCUUGGUCUGCAUUUGCCAGUUCGCGUGCGGCCUUCUCUUCAACCUCCACACUCUCUUCCUCCUCAUCUUUGGUGUCAUCAACAUCAUCGUCCUCUUCUUCAUCUUCAUCAUCAUCCUCGUCGACGUAGAUCUCGUCGUCAUCUUCAUCUUCGGUAGGUUCGUCUAG